CUACGUUAACGAUACCUUUAUUAGAGGUUUAUUGUUCCUGUUUUUUUGUUAUGACUUUAUCGCUUUAUCAUUUCACCAUCAACGUGAUGCUAUAUCAUGCGAUAGUCACCUCGUCCUCCAGAUCGUUUCGCCACACUAUCGUAGGUGAUUUUGACCUAAAAUGGGAGGUUUAACUGUUUCUUUCCUUUUAUCGAUGUUGUUGAUCAGCACAUGCAGAGCAAAAUACGAACCGAACUGGAAAUCCAUCGACUCCAGACCGCUGCCAGAGUGGUACGAUCAGGCCAAGUUUGGCGUCUUUAUACACUGGGGGGUUUUCUCUGUUCCGAGCUUCGGCAGUGAGUGGUUCUGGUGGUACUGGCAGAAGCAAAAACUAAAGCCGUAUGUUGACUUCAUGCAGAGGAAUUAUCCUCCAGACUUCAAGUAUCAAGACUUUGCAUCACAGUUCACUGCUGAGUUCUUUGAUGCCAAAGAGUGGACGGACAUCUUUGUCUCAUCAGGGGCAAAGUACAUCGUCCUAACCACAAAACACCAUGAAGGUUUCACACUAUGGGGCUCAAAAAACUCCUGGAACUGGAAUGCAGUGGAUGUUGGACCAAAGAGAGAUCUGGUAGAUGAAGUGGCGAGUGCUCUCCGUGCUAACAGUGACCUGCGUUUAGGGCUGUAUCACUCUCUCUUUGAGUGGUUUAAUCCACUCUUUGAACAGGACGCUGCCAAUGUCUUCACUACACAAUACUUUCCAACCAGUAAAACUCUGCCCGAACUUUAUGAGCUCAUUGUCAAGUACAAACCAGAGGUACUUUGGUCUGAUGGGGAUGGGGAUGCACCUGACAAGUACUGGAAUAGCACAGGUUUCUUAGCCUGGCUCUAUAAUGACAGUCCUGUGCGAGACACAGUGGUGACAAAUGAUCGCUGGGGCUCUGGCUCCAUCUGCACCCACGGUGGAUAUUACACCUGUGCUGAUCGCUACCAGCCAGGACACCUGCUCAAACACAAGUGGGAAAACUGCAUGACCAUCGACACAAAGUCCUGGGGUUACAGACGCAACGCUCCUCUCAGGGACUACCUCACCAUAGAGCAGCUUGUAGCAACAUUGGUGGAGACUGUGUCCUGUGGGGGAAACCUGCUGAUGAACGUCGGCCCGACACACGAUGGAAGGAUCUCUCCCAUCUUUGAGGAGCGUCUGAGGCAGGUGGGUCAGUGGCUGAAGAUCAACGGGGAGUCCAUCUACAACACAACAGCAUGGCGGGCUCAGAACGACACUGUCACUCCCAACGUCUGGUACACUUUCAGACCACAGGAAAAGAGCAUCUUUGCCAUUUUACUGGAGUGGCCCAAUAAUGGAUCUGUGAUUCUGAAUGAACCUGUGGUUACACAAGGACAAACUCAGGUGGUGCUUCUCGGCCACGGGUCUGUGCAGUGGGAGCCUGUGAAGCCCAGCGGGCUGCGGGUUCUGCUGCCCCAGCUCUCCUUCAGCCAGAUGCCAUGCCAGUGGGCCUGGACACUGAGGCUGGCUGGGGCCACUUAGAGGGAACCCAGAGGAACAGACAGAAGAAGGACCCAGUGUUUUAUUUCAUUUCAAUCAGGAGAGACUUAAUUUAAGAGUCAAAUAAGUUGAAUUAUUAUGGUGCACAAUCAGGUUGAUAUGUUAGAGUCUCUGGCGAGUCUAGACACUGAUGGUGGUGAUGAAGGGAUUAAGGAAGAGCCUGAAGAUCUGGAUGGAUGUUUUAUAUGAAGCGGGGCUUCUGAUGAUGGAGGAUCAUCGCAUCAUAUUUGAUAACUUUAGUUACUAGUUACUUUGCAGAUUCAGAUUACAAAAUAUCAAUCAGUUACUUUAUAUGAUGUUUUUUUUUAAAGGUUAAGCUACCCAGCAGUAUACAGCUCCACCUUUACCAGCUGCAACAUUAAAGUGAUGAACACAUUAAUGCACUGCAACACAAUCACUAAUUAUAAUCCACUAGUAGAAUUUAAAUUCUUCUGAAAUGGCCAUUAUGCAUAAUGAAUACUUUUACUUUUGGUACAUUAAAUAUAUUUUGAUCGAUUUGAUGCUAAUACUUUUGUACUUUUACUUCAGUAACAGAGUAGUUUUACACUGUGGUAUUACUAAUUUUACUUCUGAGUACUUCCACCACUGUCUAACUCAGAGUUUCUUAACUUUGGGGCAUAAAAGACAUUUCUAGGUUGACAUAUAGCCUAUUAACAUUAAUUAACAUCUGACCUCUGUCGUCAAAAUUGUGAUAUAUGAAGUGUUUCAACUUGUGAUUUUUUUUUGCAUUGAUUAUUUUUAAUGCCUACAUAUUUGUAUGUGAUUUUCAUGCAGUCAGCAGCACUGAUCAAUGCGGGGGAGAAUAUUUGUGAAUGAAUGUUUUUAAAUUAAAUGAAGUCUUCAAGCACCAUGUUUUUAUAAUUAAUAUUUGCAUGUGAAAAAAGAGCAUAUUCCUGAAAUAAAUCACUUUUUCAACUUGA